CGCUCUAAACUGGUCUAUAUAUCCAAGUGGAUCCUAUACAUAUAUAUAUGUUCAUAUAGAUCCGCAUUCAUUACGACUCGCAUUUUGUGCAUAUUUCCAGUAUUUGUUGCCAUUGCUCGGAUGGUGUGUGGCAAGUGCUUCUCAAUCGUUGCCAUGUGUCCGGCUCUGUCUCUGGCUCCCGGCCCAGCAUGACCCAAUUCUUGUCGCGUGUGUGUGAGUGUGAGUGUCUUGGGCAUUUAACGAUUGCCAUUAAGGCACUUGGCCAUAGCGCCUGAGUGUUUGUUUAUAUUGCCUCGCGACCGCAGAGCGAUUCCAAAAAUGAUUGCAUAAUUUAUUUGGGGACAAUUCGCAAUUGGCGCGCGGUACAAGUGAAAAGUGACCCACUCCACUCGGUGGCGUUCUGAUUCUGAUUGUUAUUCGAUAGUGAUUUUGUGUGAGUGAUUCGAGGCAGCCAUGAAGAAACUGCACCUGGGGGCCAAACACAAGGCCAAGUCCUACAAGCCUUUUCGGAAUAACAAAAAUCGUCGGGGUUCUGCCGACUCGAACUACUCACAACCGUCAUCCGAUCUGUCGCUAGACGAGGAAAAGGAAUCGCUUCGGCGAGAAAAGGAACGUCAGGCCUUAAGCCAGUUGGAUAAAGCGAGGAGCAAACCAGUGGCGUUCGCUGUGCGAACCAACGUAGCAUACGAUGGCGCUAUCGACGACGAUUCGCCCGUACAGGGUGGCGCCGUUUCAUUCGAGAUCAGGGAGUUCCUGCACAUCAAAGAGAAGUAUGACAAUAACUGGUGGAUCGGACGGCUGGUCCGAGAAGGCAGUGAUGUGGGCUUCAUACCCAGCCCCGCUAAGCUAGACAACAUUCGUAUGCAGAACCAAACCAGACCCUCAAGACUGUAUGGCACAAAGGGCUCGUCGAGCGGCAAUUUGGGUGCGGGAGGCCAAGCAGGUGCGGAGCCAUCACGAGGUAGCACACCCCCCACACCUGAUCCCUACAGUACAACACCGCGAAAGAAAAAAACAGAUUCUGCGGGACAGGGACGUCACGGGAAGACACCACUGGCAACGCCGCCCAACAAGGAGAAGCGCAAGCCGUUCUUCAAGAAGCAGGAAACCGCCAGCCCGUACGAUGUGGUGCCAUCGAUGCGUCCCGUCGUCCUAGUGGGUCCAAGCCUUAAGGGUUACGAAGUAACCGACAUGAUGCAGAAGGCGCUCUUCGACUUCCUUAAGCACCGUUUCGAGGGUCGCAUCAUCAUUACGCGCGUGAUGGCCGACAUUUCACUGGCGAAGCGCUCCAUCUUGAACAAUCCAUCAAAGCGGGCCAUUAUGGAGCGAUCGAGCAGUCGCUCCGAUAAUCUUGGCAAGGUGCAGGAGGAGAUCGAGCGCAUCUUCGAGCUGGCCCGCUCGCUCCAGUUAGUCGUACUCGAUUGUGAUACAAUCAAUCAUCCGUCACAAUUAGCAAAAACUUCAUUAGCGCCAACAGUAGUGUACUUAAAGAUUAGUAGUAGUAAGGUUUUACAGCGUUUGAUCAAAUCACGCGGCAAAUCGCAGGCGAAAAACCUCUCCGUUCAAAUGGUUGCCGCCGAAAAGUUAUCCCAAUGUCCACCGGAAAUGUUCGAUGUAAUUCUAGACGAGAACCAACUGGAAGAUGCCUGUGAGCACAUAGCCGAGUACUUGGAGACCUACUGGAAGGCCACACAUCCCGACAUACGUGCUGUGGCGCCGAUAGCCAGACCACUGCCGCAGGAGGCUUCCCCAUCGGCGGAUGCGGCACGCCUCGGACCAACACCACCAGUAGAUGGCGAGGAGUUCAUCGAUGAGCAGGAUCCCCGCGGCAUGUCGGGGAUGACGAGUGGGGAACGCGAGGGUAGCCGGGAGCGUGAUCGGGAACGGGAUCAUGACAGCAGGGAGAGGGAACGCGAUCGGGAGCGGGAACGUGACUACUGGGACAGGGAGUUCAACAGAGAUCGCAGCUCAAAGGACAGGGAGAGAGAUCUGGAGUGGGAGCGGGAGCGGGCGCGCGAGUGGGAGAGAGAGCGAGAAAGAGAUUGGGAUAGAGAGUUCGAUUGGGACCAAGGAGGAAGCAGCUCGUAUCACCACACAAGCCGACGGCAGACCACGGCGGGACGCCACCAGGAGCGGGGCGGUGGCGUCGGAGCCGGCGGCUAUGAGCGGGACCGCGAACGGGAGCGCUACGAGCGGCGAGAGCGAGACCUCAUGCACUACGAUCUGAACAGUGACGAGCUGCUGGACGAGCGAAACUUUGAGUAUCCGGCGAUGCGCAGUGGGCCGAGCGGCGCCUCACACCACGGCCACCUGUCGCGGGGCGGGCGGCUAAUGGACGACCAGGAGUUCGAGCGGGAGGAGCCACAGAUCAGGAUGACCAGCUCACGCUAUGGCCCAUCGACGAGGAUCGACGAUCCGCGCGAUCUGCCGCGCGAUUUGCCACGCGAUCUGCCGCGCGAUCUGCCGCGCGAUCUGCCGCGCGGGGCCGCCGUUGUCGAUCGCGAUGAAUACAGUCCGCACAGAGGUGGUGGGAGUAGUAGGAGAAUGCUGAAUGCCAUGUAGGAAUCGUGGAUAUAGGGGUGGGAUCAGAUCGAUUCGAGAGCGCCAGGUUUAAAGGAAGCACGCGACAAUAGUUUUGAUCUUGACAU